AUGGACUUAACUCAAAACCCUUUCAAGAAGCGUGAUUGGAUUCUUGAAGACUUCAAAGUGAAUCCUGCAAUGAACGAUAACGUUCCUUAUGCCUAUCACGUUGUAGUGCGAGGCGCAAAACGACGCUGUAUUCACGGCACAACCUGUCAAGAUUGUGAUAACUUUUACAGAUCUAUGGGUGAUAUUAAAACCGCAAAUGUUGGCCCUAAAUGGAAUGAUAAUAAUGAUGCUUUGCCUUUUGAAGUCGUGAAGAUGGUCUCACGACACAGGGAUCUUUGGGACAAAGUUGAUAGUCCGCCUGGGUUUGGCCAAUUUGAUUUCCCAUCUACCCAGGAACGGAUUAAGAACAAGGAAGAGGCAAGAGUUAUGAAAAAACGUAUGGCAUACGAGAGACUAUACUCUGCGUUGCACGACAAAAGAUGGUUGUUCAAGAAUGAAGAACUGAAUAAAUGCGUUAAUGACGCCCGUUAUACCCUAGAUCAAGGUGUCUUUUUGAAGUAUCUCGCUCAUGAAGAGAAAGAGUAA